AGAUCCAGUCACCUCACUGCUGGCGGAGCCCUAGGGAGCCCUUAACGCCUGCAAUCAGGGAGUGAGGGAGGAAGCCAAGGAGGGAGGGAGCAAAGGCUCGCCCGUUUCUCCGUCUGCCCUGCUGCCUGCCCUUCCUGCCGCCACAGCUUGUCUUUUCUAGGCACCCUGGAGUCCGGUGAGGACAGCCCGGCAGGCGCGCACCUGCCAACCACCCCUGAACACGCAGACCAGGGGGCCCCCAAGACUGAAAAGAUGGCUCAGUCUAAAGUCGACUGCCGCUCACCUGUCGGCCUCGACUGCUGCAACUGCUGUCUGGACCUGGCCCACCGAAGUGGGCUCCAGGGAGACAGCAGUGGGAACAACAACUCCAGCCCCACCGUGAGCAACUUUCGGCAGCUGCAGGAGAAGCUGGUCUUUGAGAAUCUCAACACGGACAAGCUCAACAACAUAAUGCGGCAGGAUUCGCUGGAGCCUGUGCUGCGGGACCCCUGCUACCUAAUCAAUGAGGGCAUCUGCAAUCGCAACAUCGACCAGACCAUGCUCUCCAUCCUGCUCUUCUUCCACAGUGCCUCUGGAGCCAGUGUGGUGGCAAUUGACAACAAGAUUGAACAGGCCAUGGAUCUGGUGAAGAACCAUCUGAUGUAUGCUGUGAGAGAGGAGGUGGAGAUCCUGAAGGAGCAGAUUCGUGAGCUGGUAGAAAAGAACUCACAGCUGGAACGUGAGAACACCCUCCUGAAGACCCUGGCGAGUCCUGAGCAGCUGGAGAAGUUCAAAUCCAGUCUGAGCCCUGAGGAGCCAGCUCCUGAAUCCCCACAAGCACCGGAAGCCUCUGGUGGCUCUGCAGUGUAAGUGGCUCUGUCCUCAGGGUGGGCAGAGCCACUAAACUUGUUCUACCUAGUUCUUUCCAGUUUGUUUUUGGCUCCCCAAGCGUCAUCUCACGUGGAGAACUUUACACCUAAUAUAGCUGGUGCCAAGAGAUGUCCCAAGGACAUGGCCACCUGGGUCCACUCCAGUGACAGACCCCUGACAAAGAGCAGGUCUCUGGAAGCUGAGUUGCAUGGGGCUUAGUAACCCCAAACCAGUGAGCCUCUAAUGUCAUCGUGCCCUGGGGGCUCCCAGGGCCUGAGCAACUUAGCUACAGCUGGCACAGGAGAAAAGUAGUUUGUGAUGUGAUACCAGUUUUGCUUUAGAAAGCAUAAGGGGUCUGUUUCUCAUUUCCGUGGACAUCUUCAACAGCUUCACCUGGCAACGACUGUUCCUAUGAAGAAGCCACUUGUGUUUUAAGCAGAGGCAACCUCUCUUUUCUCCCCUGCCUUGCUAAGGAAGGGGUACAGAUGGGAGAGAUUGAGCCAAGUCCGCCUUCUGUUGGUUAAUAUGGUAUAAUGCAUGGCUUUGUGCACAGCCCAGUGUGGGAUUACAGCUUUGGGAUGAGCGCUUACAAAGUUCUGUUUGGUUCAUAUUGGCAUAGUUUUUCUAUAUAGCCAUAAAUGUGUAUAUAUACCUAUAGGGCUAGAUCUGUAUCUUAGUGUAGAGAUGUAUACAUAGCCACAUACACCUACAUGUUGAAGGCCUAACCAGCUUUGGGAGUCUUGAAUGGUCCCUCACCUCUUAAAGCUAAUUCUUCGACUGUUCAUUUACCAGUUUGAUGGAGUUUGUGCUUUAGGUUACAUAAGAUUCAAGAGGAAAGGCAGAGAAAGGGGACCAGCCUCAGAAUGCGGCCAGAGAUGCCUUGCUGCUGUAGCCCUUUCCCCAUUUGUCCUAUAAAGACCUGUGAAAUCCUCCUUCAAAAGCCAAACCCACCAUUCACUGGUGCUGACUACAUAGAAUGGGGUUGAGAGAAGAUCGGUUUGGAUUUCACAUUGUCAGUUGAGAACUUUUUUUUAAUGGAAAACUUGAGGGCAAAUAGAAGGAUAGCAUCCUGCUGUGGACAAGGGAUAGAUUAGGGAAUAAAUGGCUUUGAUCCCAUGGGGCAUGGGGACUGUGCCCAGGAGCUUGUCUCUAAGGGGUUCUGUAACUGAACACUUUUCCACUUUCUGACACCUUAUCCUGUUGAAUGUCUCCAGGAUUUGGACUUUGAUGUUUUUUUUGUUCAAAUGUAAGCUUGAAAUUUCAAUAAACUUUGUUCUUUUUUUCUAA